CUGGCCAGUGGCGCACCUGAGGAGGAAGGUGAUCCAAGCAUCGACCCUCCUCCUCCUCCUCCUCCUCCUCCCAUCUUCGGGGAAUUCUCUCUCCGGAGAGUCGAUUCAAUAGGUUCACCCCAUUUUUUGAUCUCCUCUUCGUCGUAAUCGCCGCCUGCUUGCUCUCUCUGUCUCAGUGAAAUGUUGCAGGGAUGCGCCGUUUCCGAUUUGUCGUGGACGACGCUCCUCCAACCCUCUCUUCGACGGGGGAACGUUGCUCUGGGGCCCGUAAUCCGACGGAAUCUCCGGGUGUCUUCGUCGCUCGCUCCGCGAGUGCCAGAUCUGGCUGUAUCGGAGCGGCUUGAGAGGUAUCAUGCUCCUGAGAGCCUCGCCGAUAGGCUCCGGCUCGGGUGCUUGGCUGAGGACGGCCUUUCUUACAAGGAGAGAUUCAUCGUCCGCUGCUAUGAGGUCGGGGUCAACAAGACGGCCACGAUUGAGACGAUUGCGAAUCUUCUGCAGGAAGUAGGAUGCAACCAUGCACAAAGUGUUGGGUUCUCAACUGAUGGAUUCGCUACCACAACCACAAUGAGAAAAAGAAAUCUUAUAUGGGUGACUGCUAGGAUGCACAUUGAAGUAUACAAAUACCCUGCUUGGGCGGAUGUAGUAGAAAUUGAGACAUGGUGCCAAGGGGAAGGAAGGAUCGGUACAAGACGAGACUUUGUCCUAAAAGAUUUUGCAACAGAUGAGGUUAUUGGAAGGGCAACAAGCAAAUGGGUGAUGAUGAAUCAUGAAACAAGGCGCCUUGAAAGAGUUACAGAUGAUGUUAGAGAUGAGUUGUCAGCUUACUGUCCACGAACUCUUCGGCUUGCAUUUCCAGAAAAGGACAGUAACUGUUUGAAGAAAAUCCCUAAGAUUGAUGAUUCUCCACAGCACUUGCGAACAGGACUCAUGCCGAGGCGAGCUGAUUUUGACAUGAAUCAGCAUGUCAAUAAUGUCACGUACAUUGGCUGGGUGCUUGAGAGUAUGCCGCAGGAGGUGCUGGACACCCAUGAGCUUCAAAUGAUCACACUCGACUACCGAAGGGAGUGUCAACGAGAUGAUAAGGUCGAUUCUUUGACUAGCUUGGAGUAUGGCGAGUCGGAAGCAGAUCCAAGUUCCUUGUCUGCAGACGCUUUUGCCAAUGGAUCUGCAACUGGAGCUAAUGAACACCAGGACAAUUUCCAGUUCCUACAUUUCUUGAGGUUGUCCCGCGAGGGGCUUGAGAUUAACAGGGGAAGGACAGAAUGGCGGAGGAAACCAGCAAGCUAACUAAGCCCUCGUGUACCUCCUCUUUCUCUUUCCUCUGCUGGCGUUUGUAUGGUAAUGUAAAGCACGAACAUAAUCUAACGUAUUUCCCUUUCUA